AUGGAACCUACAGAGGAUUAUUCUUUCCCUCCCGUCUCUUUUAAGCCUCUUUUGACUGAGAUUUCCGGGCUUCUGAGGUCGACUUCGUCGACGCUUGCAGUGGCGGAAACCACAACGGGUGGUCUCGUGUCGGCUUCCCUGCUUUCUGUAUCUGGAGCGAGCAAGUUCUUCGUGGGAGGAGCGACAGUGUACACCACAAAGUCACGGAGGACUUGGGCAGGUUGGACCGAUGAGAACUUGGUGAACUACAUUGGGCCCACACCGGAACUCGUCACAGAGCUUGCAGCGAACGUCAGGGAACAGAUGGAUGUCACGUACUGCAUCGGGGAGUCGGGUGCUACAGGUCCUACUGUCCCGGGACCGCCGUUUGUUCAUAUAGCAGGGCAAACAUAUAUUGCCGUCGUGUCUCAUGAAGGUUUUGCGACUCGUGUCGUGAACACAGGUGUCGCGGAUAGAGAGAAGAACAUGAUGGCUUUCACAAAGGCAGCCUUGGUGCUGCUCAGGGACGUUCUCGCAGGAGACGUGAAACUGGAGCAGCAGUGCCGGCCUGACUCAAAGAGUACGGAGGCUACGAAGCUUUGA